AAGAUUUAAUUCGAGGUUAUUUAACGAGCAAUCUGGAUCAACUGUACACGGAAUUGAAGAAACUGCACCUUCUUGGACCGGACCUGACCAAUGGAGACUGCGCUAGCAAAAAAGCCACGGAAAGGCAAGUUAUCUUUCUUGCUAUAUUGUUGCUUUUGAGGGAGGCUGCCUCUGAAACAAUUAGAUAUUCCAUGCCAGAAGAAACAGAAAGUGGCUCCAUUGUGGCCAACCUGGCAAAAGACCUGGGGCUCAGGGUGAGGGAACUAGCCACAAGGGGUGCGCGAAUCCAUUACAAAGGAAACAAACAGCUCUUUCAGCUCGAUACAAAGACCGGUAAUUUGCUUCUAUUUGAAAAAUUAGACCGGGAGAUGCUGUGUGGGGCGACAGAUCCCUGCAUAUUGCAUUUCCAACUGUUACUGGAAAGCCCGGUGCAGUUUUUCAAGGAUCUGCAGCUCACAGACAUAAAUGACCAUUCCCCAGAGUUCCUAGAGAGUGAAAUGCUCCUAAAAAUCACAGAAAACGUCCUGCCAGGGACUGUGUUUCCUUUGAAAUUAGCUCAGGACUUUGACAUAGGUAACAACACUGUUCAGAACUAUACAAUCAGCCCCAACUCCCAUUUUCAUGUUGUCACUCAUAACCGCGGAGAUGGCAGAAGAUACCCAGAGUUGGUGCUGGACAAAGCGCUGGAUCGGGAGGAGCAGCCGCAGUUCAGUUUUAUCCUCACGGCGCUGGAUGGAGGAGCUCCACCCAGGUCCGGGACCACUGCAGUCCUCAUUGAGGUCCUGGACAUCAAUGACAAUGCCCCUGAGUUUUUACAGUCGCUCUAUGAGGUACAGGUUCCCGAGAACAGCCCCCUAAACUCCUUGGUUGUCACUGUCUCUGCCCAAGAUUUAGAUGUAGGAGCCUAUGGGAAUGUAAUCUAUGCACUAUUGCAAGGCGCUGAAGUUACACAGCCAUUUGUAAUUGACGAGAUAACAGGAGAAAUUCGUCUGAAAAGGACAUUGGAUUUCGAGACAACUCGCUAUUACAAUAUGGAAAUUGCAGCCACAGAUGGCGGGGGUCUUGCAGGAAAAUGCACUGUAGCAAUAGAGGUGGUGGAUGUAAAUGACAAUGCCCCUGAACUGACCAUGUCCACGCUCUCCAGUUCCAUCCCAGAAAACUCGCCAGAGACUGUAGUUGCUGUUUUCAGUGUUUCUGAUCCAGAUUCCGAGGACAACGGUAGGAUGGUUUGUUCCAUUCAGAACGAUCUCCCCUUUCUCCUAAAACCCACAUUCAAGAACUUCUACACACUGGUGACAGAGGGAGCGCUGGACAGAGAAAGGCAGGCCGAGUACAACAUCACGAUCACGGUCACGGACUUGGGGACCCCCAGGCUGAGGACCCAGCACCACAUCACCGUGCUGGUGUCCGACGUGAACGACAACGCCCCCGCCUUCAGCCAGAGCGCCUACACGCUGCUGGUGCGCGAGAACAACAGCCCCGCGCUGCACAUCGGCAGCGUGCGCGCCACCGACGCCGACGCGGGCUCCAACGCGCAGCUCACCUACUCGCUGCUGCCCGCCGGCCGCGCGCACCCGCCGCCCGCCGCGCUCGUGGCCGUCAACGCCGACACCGGCCAGCUGUUCGCGCUGCGCUCGCUCGACUACGAGGCGCUGCGCGCCUUCGACUUCCUGGUGGGCGCCACGGACCGCGGCUCGCCCGCGCUCAGCGGCCAGGCGCGGGUGCGCGUCGUGGUGCAGGACGCCAACGACAACGCGCCCUCCGUGCUCUACCCGCCGCCCAACGCCUCGGCGCCCUGCCCCGAGCUGGUGCCGCGCGCCGACGCGGGCUACCUGGUCACCAAGGUGGUGGCGGUGGACGGCGACGCGGGCCAGAACGCCUGGCUGUCGUUCCAGCUGCUCAGGGCCACGGAGCCCGGGCUGUUCGGCGUGUGGGCGCACAACGGCGAGGUGCGCACCGCCAGGCCGCUGGGCGAGCGCGACGCGCCCAAGCACCGGCUGGUCGUGCUGGUCAAGGACAACGGCGAGCCGCCGCUGUCGGCCAGCGUCACGCUGCACGUGCUGCUGGUCGACGGCUUCUCGCAGCCCUACCUGCCGCCGCCCGACGCGCCGCCGCCCGCCGCGCAGGCCGACCGCCUCACCGCGUCCCUGGUGGUGGCGCUGGCCGCCGUGUCGUCGCUCUUCCUCCUGUGCGCGCUCGCCUUCGCGGCCGCGCGCCUGUGCGGGAGGCGCGGGGCCGGCGCGCGCGCGGUCGCUGGGCCCGACGGCCCCUUCCCGGGCCGCCUGGUGGACGUGGGCGGCGCCGGGACGCUGUCCCACAGCUACCAGUAUGAGGUGUGCCUGACGGGGGGCUCAGGGACCAACGAGUUCAAGUUCUUGAAGCCCAUUUUACCUAACCUUCCGCCUUUGGGCGCUGGGGAGGAAAUAGAGGGAAAAGCCACCUUCCGGAAUAGCUUUGGGUUCAAUUAGGAAUCCAAUCACGAUGCUAUGAUUUAGUCAUUUAUCUCUAACUUCCCCAGAUCCCAGGAUUGGGAACAUCAUGGAGAAAAAUUCCACCUUCAAGCAUAGCAUUGAUUGCCCUUUUGUAAUUAGUUCUUUUGAACUUUAUCUUGGCUACUUUUGGAAAACUCAAUUCUACAACAUUGCACUUAUUCAUACAAUACCAUUAUCAAUUCAUGCAUGCUGUUGAAUUUCCCAAAAUGUUUACUCCUCUUGUUAUUUGUUGAGAUUCUUAAUAAAAAUCAACUGAUUUUCUCGAUAUUCUGUUUAUCUGUUUCAUCACAUUUGAAGUUUAUUCA